AUGCAUUCUACUCAGAGAAAGAACUCUCAUCCCAUGAGUUGUACCUUGUGCUCCAAAAGUCACCACCUGGAUGAAUGUGCUAAGUUUCUAAAAAACCCCAAGUAGAUCGAAAAGACUUUGUUACAGACAAAGGUUUAUGCUUCGGUUGUUAUAGUUCUGAACACAUCGCCAAGUUUGGCAAGAGUAGAAGAUCAUGCCAGAUAUGCAAUAAGAAACACCCAACGUCACUUCACGAUCACAACUGGAGACCAGAAGAGGUGAGGACGGAAGGAAGGAAGCAGCCAGCAUGAGAAACCACCGAAAGGAAAAGGGAAGAGCGAGUCAAUGUGCGCACCGCCAUUCCCAGUGUGACGAAUGCUGGUGACAUUACAAGCACUGUGGGUACAGCCUCAGUAUGCUUCUACCACAAGGAUAAUCCAAAUAACAAGAUAUGCGUGUACGCUCUCCUUGAUAGUGUCAGUGGAUGACAUGUAGAAAUAGGACUUCUCAUCGGUCUGAACUGUCCCAGCACUGUGAGUCCGAGAAAUAUUAUUUGUGGAAACGAGGAUGAGCCUUACGCAGUACGAUCAGCAUUGAGAUGGCAUUUAGUCAGAUCUCCAUUCGGCCACCACAAAAAGAGGGCGUGA